AUGAAUAACAAGAAGAUUGACAUAUAUAAUGAACUUAUUUCAAAAGAUUGGAUAACAAAUAUUAAUGAUAAUGAAAAUAGUCUUGUUCGAUAUGAUGAACCACCGACUUAUGAAACAUUUAUUCGAGAGUGUUUGCUUAAAAAUCGACCAGUAAUUUUUACAGCUAAAUGUGGUCUCAUAAGCCAAUGGUCAUGUAUUACUGAAUGGCAAUUACUUGGUCAAUCAGUACAUGAUGUUCGUAUUGAACAAUUAAAUACAAAUAUUCUUUCAUUAGAAUUUUUUGAUCAGUGUUUGCUCAAAAAUCGACCAGUAAUUUUUACAGCUAAAUGUGGUCUCAUAAGCCAAUGGUCAUGUAUUACUGAAUGGUUAAAUAAAGAUCAAACCGAACCUGAUUUUGAUCGAUUGAUAAAUUUAUAUGGUCAUAUGACUGUACCUGUUACAAAAUGUUCAUCGAAUAUAACUGAAUAUAAUACAGAUGAAAAUAAAUUAACUAUGCGUUUUGAUGAAUUUGUUAAUUUAUGGCGUAAUAAUGAAACAACAUCAGAAUAUUAUUGUAAAGAUUGGCAUUUACAAAAAAUGUCUAAUGAAGCAAAAUCGUUAUUUUAUACUAUUCCAAUUUAUUUUCAAUCAGAUUGGCUUAAUGAAAAAUGUCUUGCAGAAAAUGAAGAUGAUUUUCGUUUUGUUUAUAUGGGUGGUAAUGGAACAAAUACACCAUUACAUAUGGAUGUUCUUGGUACAUAUUCUUGGUCAGCAAAUAUAUGUGGUAAAAAACGAUGGCAUUUUUCUAAACCAUAUUCAAUUGAAGUUAUACAAGAACCUGGCGAUAUAUUAUUUGUACCAUCAGAAUGGUAUCAUGAUGUAACAAAUAUUGGUUAUACAAUAUCAAUUAAUCAUAAUUGGUUUAAUGCAUUUAAUAUUUUUCGUAUUUGGAAAUAUUUAUGUUUAAUACUUAAUGAUAUUGAAUAUCGUAUUGAAGAUUGUCGUUCCAUAAUGAGUGAUACUUGGUAUGAACAUUGUCAAUUAAUACUUCAAGCAAAUGAAGGAAUGAAUUUUGCUUCACUUUAUAAACUUCUAUAUAUAAUUGUUCAACGACGAAUUAAAGAAAAUAAUAAUGAACAGACAAUAUUUGAUUUAUGGAUAAUUGAUAAAUUAAUACGACAUAUGUUGCAUACUACUGCAUUUGUGCAUGCUUUUGAUUUCGAUACAUUUCCUCAAAGACCAAAAGCAUUACUUAAACAAAUUCAUUCAUUUAUUGAGACACAAAAAACAAUAAAAUGUGUGGACGGAUGA